AGUACUCCAAAUUUUUAACCCAAUACAUCAAGUUUUUUUCUUUUAUUUUUAUUUAUAUUUUGGGAUGGAGAGAGUAACUUAUUAAUCUUUAUGUUUUGUUUAGUUAUCGAUUUAAGUGUAUUCUACGUGGCCAUUAUGUGGACAAGCUGAUUAAUUUUUUAAAGUCUGAUGCAUCCGACAGUACAUGUGUUGUAUUGCUUUUUGGAAGGAUGAAUUUUUGGAAAGGUAUACCUACUGUUCAGAAUUUCGGACAAUAUACAAGGGUGUUAUUCAAUCCAAAUAUUGAUGCCGCUGCAGAAUUGAAGCAAAGAAUGCUGGACAGAACAAUUUCUAAGCCUCAUUCGAUAUAUGCAAUAAAUGAAACUACAAAAGCACAUGUAUUGGAUCAGUGGGUGUACAAAACAAUUAGACAUACUCUAUCAACCCUUGGUUUAUGUGCAAUGGUAACCAUUACUGAUAUUGAUUUGUUUGUCUAUUUUCAUUUUAGAUUUAUGAAGUUGUACCUAAGUUGUCACAAUUAAAUAUUGCAGGGGUCGGUGUACGCUAUAUUGGGCAAAGUAGAACAUUUGGAACCUAAC